AUUUACCAUCACUUGCCAAUCAUGGUACCGCUGCUGAACAAUUUCUGGGUCAAUCUCCUUCGUCUUCCCCAUUCUCUGUAAUUUGAUCGGCGCGCCACUCAGGGGCAACUUUCCGCUGUAAAGGAGCAGAACCAACUGCAACGAACCAUUCCGAUUCGAAAUUCUUCCAUAGGUUUUCUUUCUUCUGUGGAAUAAUGGAUUUCGCCACUUUAUCCACUUUGAAUCCUGAACAGCUGACUGUAUUAGGAUCUGGAUUCUGCGUGAUGUUGACAAUGCAUUACACCGUGCAGUUAUUAUCUCAGCAUCUCUUUUACUGGAAGAACCCUAAGGAGCAAAAGGCCAUAGUUAUUAUUAUAUUAAUGGCUCCCUUAUAUGCACUUGACUCAUUUGUGGGUUUGCUACAUAUCAAGGGGAGCAAGGAAUUCUUCAUGUUCUUAGAUUCUGUUAAGGAAUGUUAUGAAGCUCUGGUAAUUGCUAAGUUCUUGGCUUUGAUGUAUAGCUAUCUGAAUAUAUCGAUGAGCAACAAUAUUAUUCCGGAUGAAAUCAAAGGAAGAGAAAUUCAUCAUUCGUUUCCAAUAACACUAUUUCAGCCUAAAACUGUCCGUUUGGACCAUCGGCAUCUAUUACUUCUCAAGCAUUGGACAUGGCAAUUUGUUGUCAUCCGCCCUGUUUGCUCUAUUUUGAUGAUAACACUGCAACUAUUGAGAAUGUAUCCUAGCUGGUUAAGAUGGACGGUUACCAUCAUCCUUAACAUUUCAGUUUCUCUGGCAAUGUACUCUCUGGUUGUCUUCUACCAUGUUUUCGCCAAGGAGCUUAAACCACACAAUCCAUUGGCCAAGUUCAUGUGCAUUAAAGGGAUUGUAUUCUUCUCCUAUUGGCAG